ACACACACACACACACACACACACACACACACACACACACACGCUGCAAAGGGAAAAAGAGGCAGCAGAAAUCUCAGCUGUACUUCUAGCCCUUUUUAAAAGUUUGCUCUGUAAAUUGGAAUGAGGUCAGAUUUGGAGCUUCUCAUUGCACGCGGAGAUUAUUAUUGCAUCGGGUUCCAAGCCAAUGGGAAGCCCGGGGGUGGGGCUUGGCACGAGGAAGCGUUGGUUACAGCGGCUGAUUGGCUGCGGCCAAGACUGUGAAAGGAUAAAGAGGCGCGGGGCGGAAUUGGGGUCUGCUCUAGGCUGCAGCGAGAGAAAGUGGGUUCGGGCAAGAGGCCGGUUUCGCCCCCGGCCUCUAGUGCUUGCACGCUCUCUAAGAGUCUGCUCUGGAGGAACUCUGCCAUUACCAGCUCCCUUCUUGCAGGAGGGAGGGGGAAACACACAUUGAUUCAUGCCAGUCUGUUGCACGAAGGCUUUUCGGCUUCUUACCUUGUUGCAACAAAAUAAUCGCACAAUCUCCUUGCUUCUGAUUCCGCCCUCAGAGAGUCCUGGAGCCAGAACCCUUUUUGCUUUGCAUUGUAGCCAAAGGACUAAGUGAUAGAGACUAUGUCGCUUUCCUGAGCUCCCGAGAGCGCUCGUGAACUGGGAUCGACCGCUUCGGGGGAAGAAAAAAACAAAACAAAACAGACUUGCCCGGGAGGCGGCGAGAAACUUGCACUGGAAGAAGCUCCAGAAACCAGCCUUCAAGAAACUCCUCUGCACUCGGGCACGGUCUCCAGACUCAGAGCCGGGAGACCGCACACUGCGGCGCGGUGAGAGCGCGCGGCGGCAGAGAGCGAAGCCGGGAGACGCUCCCCAGCCUGGAAACUACAACUGCCCCGCAGGCGGCGGGUGCGGCUGCCCGCGGCUCUCGGGGCUCCUCCGCGCGCACGGAGCUGCGGGCCGGCUGGGCCGCGCGCGUCCUCCCCCUCGGCGCGUGCUUGCCCGGGGAGCCGGGAGGGCCCGGCGAUCGCGCCGCGGCUGCCGCGAGCGUGUGAGCGCGCGUGGGCGCCCGCCGAGUCGGGGCCAUGGUGCAGCAGACCAACAACGCCGAGAACACGGAGGCGCUGCUGGCCGGCGAGAGCUCGGACUCGGGCGCCGGCCUGGAGCUGGGCAUCGCCUCGUCGCCCACGCCCGGCUCCACCGCCUCCACGGGCGGCAAGGCCGACGACCCGAGCUGGUGCAAGACGCCCAGCGGGCACAUCAAGCGGCCCAUGAACGCCUUCAUGGUGUGGUCGCAGAUCGAGCGGCGCAAGAUCAUGGAGCAGUCGCCCGACAUGCACAAUGCCGAGAUCUCCAAGCGGCUGGGCAAGCGCUGGAAGCUGCUCAAAGACAGCGACAAGAUCCCGUUCAUCCGGGAGGCGGAGCGGCUGCGCCUCAAGCACAUGGCCGACUACCCCGACUACAAGUACCGGCCCAGGAAGAAGGUGAAGUCGGCCGGCGCCGGCGGCGCGGCCGCCGCCGCCUCCAAGCCCGGGGAGAAGGGGGACAAGGUCGGGGGCGGCGGCGGCCACGGGGGCGGCGGCGGCGCGGGGGGUGGUGCGGGCGGCGGCGCCGGCGCCAAAACCGCGCCGAAGAAGAGCUGCGGCUCCAAGGGUGCGGGCGGCGCGGGCGGCAAGCCGCACGCCAAGCUGAUCCUGGCGGGCGGCGGCGGGAAGGCGGCGGCUGUUUAGUUGGUGGUGGCUGCUUUGCUGCUUCUUUUUGUCGCCGCCGCCGCCGCCGACCACCACGCGCUGUUCAGGGCGCGGACUCCCGGCGCCGCGGCCGCGGCCUCCGCGGCGGCCCCGGCCGGCGCCAGCCUCGCGGCGCCCGGCAAACCCGCGGCCGACCGCAAGGUGAAGCGCGUCUACCUGUUCGGCGGCCUGGGCGCGUCGCCGCCGCCCGUCGGCGGAGCGGGCGCGGGCGCCGACCCCGGCGACCCCCUGGGCCCUUAUGAGGAGGGCGGCGCCGGCCGCUCGCCCGACGGGCCGGGCCUGAUCGGCCGCAGCAGCGCCACCUCGUCGCCCGCCGACGGCCGCAGCUACGCCGGCCUGCGCGCCGCCUCGCCCGCCCCGUCCAGCGCGCCCUCGCGCGCGUCCUCCUCGGCCUCGUCGCGCUCGUCCGCCUGCUCGUCCGCGGGCUCCUCGUCCUCCGACGACGACUGUCGCCCGCUGCUCCCCAAAACGCUUCUGUCGGCCUCACUUGUGGAAAGCUGCGGCCAUAUCUCAGGACAGGAGGAGCUUCAGGGGACUGUCCCCGGCACUGAGCCCUCAGAGAGCCGGCAGGCCCUCACCCAUGGCUGGCAGAGGUGGACACCAGGAGCCCGGGGGCAGGAAGCUGACCUGCAGGCUGCGGCUGGUGUCAUCGCCAUGGUGCUCUGGUACGCUGGGCUCUUCUCCCUGGGGACAUCCCCAACUGGCUGA